GGAAGCGCUGACGCCAUCCGUGGACUUGGAAGAUGCGCAACUUGAUCGUGCUCGACGAGCGCCGGGCAACGCUGCCGCCAAGCAGCUGGGUCGCGCAGAGCGUCGAUGCUGCCGAAGACCGCGUCUUUGCCAUGACGAGCGACGGCUGCGUGGCCUGCCUCGUCGCCAACGAAGUUGUUUGGGACUGUCGUUUGGACGGCGCCGCCGACUGGCUAUGGUGCCACUACAACAUAGAGCUCGAGGCCAUCAUCUGCGCCUCGCGCAGCGGCGCCAUCGUGGCCAUUGACGCGAAAGACCAUGAUGUCGAGGUCAUCGGCCACUUUGACGCGGGCCUUUGCGCCGUCGCUUGGAACGCCACGGACGACCAGGUCGCGCUCGUCACGGGCGAGAGCCUCCUCAUCACGAUGAGCACGUCCUGGGACGUCUUGCACGAAGGCCUCCUCGACGUGCCAAGCUUGCAUGCGGCGUCGCUCGUCUCUCUGGCGUGGCGCGCCGACGGCCAGUUCCUCGUUGUGAACGCUGCCCAGCAGAUCCAGGUCUGGGAGCAGUCGAAUGCGUCGUGGUCGCGUCACGCUACGGGGCGCUACGAAGACGGCCGGCCGCUCACGCAGCUCGAGUCGACAAUUGCGUGGUCGCCAAACCACACGCUGAUCGCAACGAGCCAGAUCCUCAAAUCCCAGCUGCACGUCAUCUUUUUCGAACGCAACGGGCUGCGUCACGGUGACUUUGCUGUCGACGCGGCCAGCGUCACGCAUCUGCAGUGGAACACGCUCUCGGACGUGCUCGCGCUCGGCGUCGUGUCGUCGACGGGGCAGGCGCGGUUGCAAUGCUGGACUCGGAACAACUACCACUGGUACCUCAAGCACGAGCGGCGGCUCGAGGACAACCUCGCGGCGCUUACGUGGGACCUCGAGGCGCCGUACACUUUGCACAUUUUGCAGCAAACGGGUACGCACCGCACGCUGACGCUCGAGCCGCAUGUGCACGCGAGCGCUUCGGAGAUGGCGACCGUCGCCGUCAUUGAUGGGUGCCAGCUCAAGCGCACGCACUUUCAAAAGGCGCCGAUUCCUCCGCCUAUGUGCGCCAGCACGAUCUCGGUGCCAUCGCCGAUCAACGUGCUUGCGUUCGCCAACGACAUGGUCGUCCUCGUCACGUCCUCCGGCUCGUGGCACCUCGUGCGCGACGGCUGCGUGUGCCCUAUCACGCAUGAAGACGCGGUGUUUACCCAAGCCAUGCAAUCGCUAGCGUGGGACGGUGCUUUGUUCUGGGGCGUGCCGGAAGGCGACGCGACGACCUUGUGUAUGGUGUCUCUCGAUGUGACCACGGGGUGUGUCCUUCGCACGUCGUCGCUACCGGCGCCGAUCAACGAGACAUUUAGCUCCCUCUCGAUGGACGGUCGCGCCGUGCAGCUCUCGUCCGGCGCACGCUUCCAUCCCGCGCAACGUGAUGUUGACGAAAGUGCUCACCCGCUCUAUGCGCACUGGGCGACGCUCGACCACGAUCUCUGCGUCGGGUCGGCAGGCCACAAGCUCUUCGUCAACGGCGCCUUGCUGCAUGCAUCCGUCGCGUCGUUCCAUCUCUCGCACAUGUACCUUCUGACGACGACGCUCGGGGCCCACCCGCAGCUGCACUUUUACCUCCUCGACGAUUUGGUCGAUGGGAAGUAUACCCCGGUGCACACGCAGCCGGUCGAGCGCGGUGCCAAGCUCGUGACGACCGUGCCGUCGCGCGCCGACGUCAUUCUGCAGAUGCCCCGGGGCAAUUUAGAGAUCCUCGCGCCGCGCCCGCUCGUGCUCCACCUGGUCGCGCAGUGCGUUGCGUCGGCGGCGUACGCACCGGCCUUGGAGCUCUGCCGCAAGCACCGUGUCGAUAUGAACGUGCUCGUGGACCUGGAUCCGCCGGCGUUUCUAGCCAACAUUGAUGCGCUUCUCGACGCGCUGCCGCCGCGUCUUCGCAGCGACCGGCUCUGUCUCUUUCUCACCAACUUGCAUCCGGUCAACGUCUGCGGCGCCAAGUACCCGCUGGCACCCGUCCAGAGCAUGCACGAGUCGUGGGACAAGGUGCUCGAGGUGUGCUCGGCCGUGCGGUCGGCGCUUCUCGCGCGCGACGCUGCCACGUACCUCACGCCGCUUCUGACGUGCGAAGCCAAGAUGCAGCUGUUGGAGCCCGCGUUGUUGCGACUCCAGGCCCUGCAUGCGACGGACAAGGUGCUGGCGGAGAAGGGCUUGCAGCAUCUCGUCUUCCUCGUGGACGUCGACAUUCUCUACGACCACGCGCUCGGGCUCUAUGACAUGGCCUUGACGCGGCUUGUCGCUGGCCGGACCCAGCGCGACCCGCAAGAGUACCUUCCGCAGUUGGCAGCGUUUGAAGCACUGCAAACCACCAAGUCAGAGGCAUAUAUGAAGUACGCUAUCGACCUCAGCUUGCAGCGGUUUGCGAAAGCGCUCACGCACCUCACGGCCGACGCCGACGCCGACCUUGCCCUCUCGCUCAUCACGUCCCAUCAUUUGUACGAGGACGGGCUCCGGCUGUUUCGUGCAAAGUUGUCUCCGACUCGGCGGCACAUUUUGGUCGCGUACGGGGCGCAUCAAGUGGCGACCGGCGCCUUUGCCGCCGGUGGGCACACGUUUCUUGCGGCGGUGCCGCCGGCGCUCGAGCUGGCCGUCGACGCGUUCCGCAAAGCCCACGACUGGCGCCUCGCAAUGAGCAUCGCCGCCCGCAUCGAAGACUACGAUCUAUAUACGCUCGCGUACGAGAUGGCCGACGAGCUCCUCAAUGCGAUGGGCACGGCCCGCAACCCGGUCGCGGCCGCCGAGCUGUACAUUCACUACUGCCACGACGUUGACGAAGGCGUGGCCACGCUUGUGCAGGCGCGCGAGUGGGGCCUCGCGCUGCAAGCGGCGCAGCUGCACAAACGACGCGACCUCAUCGAGACCGAAGUCGAGCCGCUCGUGCUCCAAGCCGCCGAGGACAUGGAGACCGACAUCAAUGGACGACUCGCGACGUACAAGAAGCACUGGGUGCGACUCACGACGUUGCGCGAGCAGAUUCGGCUCUUCCGCCUCCACGGUAUCGACGGCAAGAACGACGACGGCAACGGCUUGGACGACGGCGCGUCGAGUGCGGCGAGUGCCUUCUCCAACAUGAGCAUGAGCUCGGUCGGGAGCCACAAUAGCAACCGCGACAUUCGCUUUGGGUCGGCGCUGAGCUUUGAGACAGCGUCGCACAGCGCGACAACUAGUCCAUUUUACGCUGCAAUGAGCGCCGAGCCCACGAGCAGUUCGACCCCAAAGAAGAUGCCGCGCCGCUUUCGCCGCACCAAGAUCCAGGAAGGCAGCGCGGACGAAGAUGCGUACGUUGAAAAGAGCCUCCGUGGCGCGAUGCCCGCUCCCGAGUUCCUCGCGGAUCUGCGCCAGCUGCUCACGAUGCUGAUCUACUUUGGCCAUACGCCGACCGCCCAAGCUCUCCAGACGCAGCUCGACGCAUUUCUCGAUCACAUUCAGGACCACGUUCCGCCCGCACCCGUCCACGGCGAGAGCACCGAGGCUGCGUGGACCCGGCCGGACGACGCGACGUGGAAGGUCGUGACGCGACUCGUCUAAGGAGUUAGAUCGUCGACGGCCUGUUGGUCGACUGCCACCGACUCAAAGCAUUCUAUACCAUGAGUCUUGAUUGCACCUUCUUACUCGCG